AUGCCUUGUUAUGCUGACACAAUUGUUAGAAUUAAACAUGUUCGACGAAAUAAGAAAGAGGAUUCGAGAACAUUCUCAUUAUGGGCUAUAGGAGCCUACCCGAUAGGAACUGAGGAUUUGGAAAUGGAAAUGACUUUACCUAUGCCAAUCAAUCCUGAUGAUCGUGAUCCUGAUUCGCAAGCACUGUUUAAAAGAGAUGAAUAUUUUUCGGUUGGCGGAAAGAUUGUACCUGGAACUUAUGCUGGGAAUAAGAGAUUAAAAAUGCUCGUAACUAAUUCAACUAAUAUAUCAAUCGAUGGUAAAGCUUCAAAUAAAUGCCCUAUGAAAGUUUCUUUGGUAGGAAUCCCACAAAAAAUGCCUUUGGAUAUUAGGCAUACUGAGAAUUCAGUCAUCGACUUACUUGUAUCGGACUACCUUCUGCAUCAACAGUAUAAUUAUAUAGUUAAAGUAGUUUUCCCACAUGUAAAUCAAUUUAAACAUUACAAAACUUCGGUUCGUCCACAUGAAUCAAUUCUUUUCGUUGUUGGCCAAUUGGAAAUAAUUGACAAUGAAAUUUAUGUUUAUGCUAGAGAGCUUAGUUACAUUGAUUCUUUGAGCACAAAAAAAAAGGAUUAUGAACCAAAUAAUCACGAGGUUACUUUAAUUACUACAAAUACUACUCGAUCUAAGCUCUUAUACGCUCAUAAAAAUGCUUUUAAAAAUUCUGAUGUUAAAUAUUCUGAUGAUACUCAAGAAGAAAUUAUUUCCUCAACAUCUACUGGUUCAGAAUAUUUCGAAAGUAUGUACCAAGACGAUUUAUCAGGUGAUGAUGAUCUUCCUGAUGUCUGA